AUGUCUUUGAGAAAGUUGAUCGCAUUGUGUGCACUGGCGUCGAUCGUUAGCUGCAAAAGUGUCAUGAGGGUAAAAGAGCUAGUUUACGAAGUGCCCCCGAACUUCGGGGAUGGGACGAUAAAGGGCAUCCUCAUAAAGGACCUGGGGGACGGCAUGGCUGAGCCGUCCAUAACCCUCGGCGGCAUUGGCUUCAGCUUCGUCCACAUCAAACUGAAGAGCGAGAGGAGUGCGGGCUUCCAUUUCGAUAUUGAGAUUUAUGCC